GAAGAGUCAGAAUAUACUGAAACGCAAGACUACAACUUGCGAGGUUCUCGAGCUUACAUAGCAAUAAUUGGUCAACAACGUGGUAACUCGAACUCAUCAUCACGUGUGUCAAGCAACUUCUGCUACUGCUACUGCUACUGCUACAUACGUUUCCUUUCAUAGUUGCUGGUCGUUGAUUUCAGAUACUAAGCUCCAAUAACAGUUUCAAUACAACAACCUUAAUAAAAAAGCCUUUUUUCUUCUUAACCAUGCUGUUUCAUCAUAUGGGUGUCUCAAAUUUUUCAUCUUUCAGUGCAUAAACAUUACAAAACCAUGCUCUUGCCAAUUUUUAAGCAAGCUUUCUGUGUCAACUGUCAAGAUUCAAUGGAUUAGUCUUUUCUUGUUUAUGCUAAGUUGCUGCUAGUGAUAACUUUAUUUCUUUCGUAAGGUUCUGUCCAAAAAUUCAUGGCACCCUCUAUUGUUUUCUUUGUGUUGUUCACUCUGUUGAUUCAAACAAGCGGUUAUGUUAAACCCCUUGAAGAAGGUUUCAUCUACGGGGUCAUAUCUGACAAGGGUCUCGAUUAUGCCAAGGACUUGCUGAUAGAGCAAGGUAUUGCUUCCAUUCUUCAGCUUCAGCUUCCUGAGAUUGAGAAUUCUGCCCAAGUCCCUCUUGUUGGAAAAGCUAAAGUGGUUCUUUCUGACAUCACAAUCAAGGAUAUUCAAGUCAAUUCUUCGUCUGUUAAGACUGGAGAGAAUGGUAUUUUUCUAGUUGUUUCAGGUGCCACUGCCAAUUUGAGUAUGCGGUGGAGGUAUUCUUGCAGCACUUGGUUAAUCCCAAUUGGAAUUUCUGAUAGUGGAACUGCUUCAGUGAAGGUUAAAGGUAUGCAAGUGGGGCUUACAGUAAAUUUAAGGAACCAAGAAGGAACUCUUAAGUUGACUCUCUUAGAUUACGGAUGUUAUGUUGGAGAUUUAUCCAUAAAGUUGGACGGUGGGGCAUCUUGGCUUUACCAACUGCUAGUAGAUGUUUUUGAAGGGAAUAUGGCAUCUGCAAUUGAAGAGGCCAUUUCAGAGAAAAUAAGGGAAGGGAUAGAAAAUCUUGACAAUUUAUUACAAUCUCUUCCAAAGCAAAUCUCACUUGACCAAACUGCUGCACUAAAUGUUUCUUUUGUUGGCAAUCCUGUGUUGAGUAAUUCCUCUAUUGCAAUUGCAAUUAAUGGUUUAUUCACAGGGAGAAAUGAAGCUUUAGUACCUCAACGUUACCAGAAAGGAUUAAAGAUUUCUUCUGCCUGUGGUGGUUUACCAAAGAUGAUAAAGGUUUCAAUACAUGAAAAUGUGUUCAAAUCUGCUUCCCUAGUUUACUUCAACGCUGGUAAAAUGCAAUUGAUUGUUGAUGAACUACCCGAUCAAGCCAUUUUGAACACAGCUGAAUGGAGAUUCAUAGUUCCUCAAUUAUACAAGCGAUAUCCUAAUGAUGACAUGCAGCUUAAUAUCUCUGUAUCUUCUCCACCAGUUAUACAAGUAACCUACCAGGAUAUUGGGGCAACUAUUUUUGUAGAUAUAACAAUUGAUGUUCUGGAAGAUGGUGAAGUCAUACCUGUUGUGUGCAUCUCAGUGGAAAUUAGUGCUUCAUGUGCUGCUCAAAUCAAAGGAAACAAUAUUGCUGGUAGACUUAUAUUACAAAAAUUUUCGACAUACUUGAAAUGGAGCAAAAUUGGGAAACUGCACAUGCAUUUGAUUCAGUCACUAACGUCAAGUGUCCUCAAAACUGUGAUCUUUCCAUACCUGAACUUCCAAUUAAAGAGAGGACUUCCAUUGCCAAUUAUUGAUGGUUUUGGCUUUCAGAAUGCUAAUAUACUGUACAACUAUCCAUGGAUUGCAGUAUGUAGUGAUGUUUUCUUCUUAGGAGACUACUAUCUUAGUGAGCAAUGUGCUAAUGUUUCAUAAAACUAUAAAAAAAAUUUGGCCGUUGUAUUCAAUUAAUUAUGUAAAGUGUGAAGAAUAUAUAUGGAGAAAUCCAUUUAUAAGCUACUUGUGUACAUAUAACCAUUGGUAUAUACACCUUCCAUUAGCCUUUUGUACGCACCAGGCUGCCAUAAAGAUUGCUUUGUUAAAAGUUUAUAAUAUAUAUAUACAGAUAGAUAGAUUGCAU